AGUUUUGCAACAGACGAAACGUUUUGCAACGUAGUCAGACUAAUGAAUACACCCCAUGAAUCCCACAAUACCAGGCGAAGGACUUUCUUCUUUUUCCCGUGGCAGAGCUGGUUGUUUCAAACCUCAGUCAAAGCGAAAGCGAAGUCGCUAUGCGGGGAGAUGUAAGAUGGCAGAGCUGCAAAUGUUGUUAGAGGAGGAAAUUCCAGCCGGUAAAAGAGCUCUUGUAGAGAGUUACCAGAAUCUCACACGGGUAGCAGACUACUGUGAAAACAAUUAUGUUCAGGCUACGGACAAGAGGAAAGCUCUGGAGGAGACCAAAGCCUACACAACCCAGUCCCUGGCCAGCGUGGCAUACCAGAUCAAUGCCUUAGCCAACAAUGUGCUGCAGCUGCUGGACAUCCAGGCCUCACAGAUGUGCCGAAUGGAGUCCUCAAUCAAUCACAUCUCUCAGACGGUGGACAUCCACAAGGAGAAGGUGGCCAGGCGAGAGAUCGGGAUCCUCACCACCAACAAGAACACGUCGAGGACCCACAAGAUCAUCGCCCCCGGCAACAUAGAGCGGCCGGUGAGGUACAUCAGGAAGCCCAUCGACUACAACGUGCUGGACGAUGUUGGCCAUGGGGUCAAGUGGCUCAAAGCCAAGCAGCAUGGAAACAAUCAGCCAAUCAGAGGAGGAGGAGGAACACUAUCGAGGACCAAUCCGCCAACACAGAAACCUCCUAGCCCGCCGCCCAUGACAGGGACAUUGUCAGGGCGUGGAACUCUGGGACGCAGCACGCCCUGUAAAACUCUCGAGCCGGUGAAACCACCCACAGUGCCAAACGACUAUAUGACCAGCCCUGCUCGACUAGACAGCCAGCACAGCCCCGGACGCACGGCAUCUCUCAACCACAGACAAAGAACCCACAGUGGUAGUAGUGGGGGUAGUGGCAGCAGGGAGAACAGCGGGAGCAGCAGUAUUGGCAUUCCCAUGGCCGUGCCUACGCCCUCCAUCCCCAACUCUGGACCAGCGGUGGCUCCCGGGCCUGGUCUUGGCCCCAUCCCCAUGUCCCAGUUUGGCACCAUCUCGCGGCAGAUCUCACGGCACAACUCUACCACCUCCUCGGUCUCCAUGGUUUCGGCCACGGGCACCUACCGCCGGGCGCCGUCCGUCACCUCCCAGUACUCCCUGCAGCAGCAGCAGGCCCUACAGCUACAGCAGCAGCAGAUACAGCAGCCGUACAUUAACGGGGGAACCCCAACCUACCCCCAGAACUCAACUGCCCUUCCUCCCCCCACCCCCCAGCUGACUCCACAGAUACCUCUGACAGGCUUUGUGGCCAGGGUGCAGGAGAACAUUGCGGACACCCCUACUCCGCCUCCCCCUCCUCCGCCCGAUGACCUGCCCAUGUUUGAUGAAGCUCCUCCCCCUCCUCCACCCCCGCCAGUUGACUACGAGGAAGAGGAAGCGGCUGUAGUUCAGUACAGCGACUCGUAUGCUGAUGGAGAUCCCCAGUGGGCGCCCAAGAGCUACAUGCAGAAAGUGGUGGCCAUCUACGACUACACUGCGGAUAAAAACGAUGAGCUGAGCUUCAUGGAGGGAGCCAUCAUCUACAUCAUUAAGAAGAACGAUGACGGCUGGUUCGAGGGAAUCAGUAGCGGAGUCACGGGCCUGUUCCCCGGCAACUACGUCGAGUCCAUCAUGCACUAAGCUGACUGAAGGGACCCUACUGCACUCUAUUGAUUCAGUGUUUCUACUACAGACCAAUUGAAACAAGACGUCUGACCUUACGAAGCAUGGGACGUGCUUUUGGAUAUGACAGAAUGUUUGGUCUCUUACUAAUUGCAAAUAAAUCAAAUACAAAAUAUCUAUUUACUUUAUUUUGGUGGUGUUGUUGUGGGUGGGUUGAGGGGCAUAAAGCAUAUAGAGAAGGAAUAGGAUAAGGCUGAUGAUGUACUCACAAGGGCUGUGAUGUAGGGAUGUUUUCAAAGACCAGGCAGUGGAGGCUGCAUGAGGGGAAGACGGGCUCAUAACAAUAGCUGGAACGGAGUAAAUGGAACGGCGUCAAAACACCUGGAAAACCAUGUUUGAUACCAUUCCACUGAUUCCGCUCCAGACAUUACCACGAGCCCGUCUUCCCCAAUUAAGAUGCCACCAAUUUCCUUUGAGACCAGGGUAACACUAGCUGAAGGACAUCCUUCCUUUAAGAGUUCUUCCUGUUUCCGUAUGCACGACGAUAACAUUUGACCCAACUAUUCAUCUAUUGACCUACAGAUUUCUCAUGCACUUAUAAAGUAUUAAUAAUGUUUUUAUGAGUGUAUCACGAGUACUAUGCUCUAUGGAGACGAUGUCUGUCAGACGGCAUGUAAAUGCAUAUGUAAACAUUAGGCCAUCUUGUGUAGACCUUCAGUGGAAGUGCUACUACUGUUAAUUGUAUAUAAUGUGAGCUGCAGCCUGUUGGUUGUCUGUAGUGUAAAUUCAGUGAAUGUCAAUCUCAUUAUCUCAAGCAGGCUACUUACCACACACACACACAUGGAAAUGUCCUACAGAAGAUUGUUUGAUUUACUUCAUUUUUUAAUUGUUAUUUUACUUUUUUGACAAAAACGUAUUAUAGACAAAAACAAUAAACUCCAUAUUUACAUACACACAUUUUAACAAAAAUGAAAGACCUCCCUUUUGGCCAGACCCACCACCUCGCCCGUCAUCCCCUGGACGUCUCCUUUGCCACUACGCUUCAAACUGCACUAUUCUGCCUCUCUCUGUUGCCCAAAUUGUUCAAUAUUUAGAUAACGCAUAUGAUUCAUUAAUUAAAAAAUGUAUUUUUUUUAUUUUUUAUGAUUUGACAAAAAAAAAAUUUUUUAAAAUACAAUCAAAGUUAUAAUCAGAAGCCUGAUCCAUUUUGGGUAAUAAAUGUGAAAUCUUAUUUAGCUUUUUAUGAAUAACAAAACCUUUUAUUUCUGUUUUAUUUCAGUCGUUCCUGAAGUCUGAGCGUAAAGCAUGCAAAAUCUAAUAAAAAUGUAUAACCUCUA